AUGUGUGUACCGGGAACUAGGAAAGUAUGGAGACCUUUCUAUCAAUGUUGGGCAUUUGGGUGGCGAACGCGUCGCUCUGGUUACAUAUCAUUGUUCGAAACUUCACGUUAUCGAAACCUGGUUUUGCUUAUCAGAAAUCAGUCUAAAUCUGUUAAUCACACAUGUGACCAAAAUAUGACGAGUGCAAAAAAGCAACCAUACGUUAAUCCAAGAAUUAGAGGGAUAUCAGGCGAUGAUGAAAAAGAAGUAUUAAGAAAGCUACAACUGUUGUGUCGAUACGAUAGUGAGAAUGAAAUGGUAAAUUUAGAAACGGUUACAAACAAAUGGAAAAAAGCAGCUUGGAAGGCACUACAAGAACUGAUUUCUUUUUCUGGAGAAAAAACAACUGAACAAGAAAUAUUAAGUAAAGUGGGGAUAGACCCUGCUACUAUCACACUCAAACCAGAAGAAUUGUAGUACCGGGCAAAUAACUGUUUAUAUAAUACAU